AUGGCUGUGCCAAACUCCAGGAUGCACAGAGCUCGCAGAGAGGGCUCAUCUUUUAGCAACAGGUUUAAAGGCAUAGAGCUGUUAAAAAAGAGCCGUGUUCAUGUGAGUCGUUGUUGGAAUCUUUGUGCUUCCAAGUGGAAAAGGACACACACUGCAACCAGGGGGAAAAGGGAAGGGCCUUCAGGCGUAGCUCCUACAACUUCCCUGCGCUCAUGGCCAACGUUGACGGCCUCCAGCCAGGCCCAGGGGUGCAUUGGGAGGCAGCUGGCAGGUUGCUCCCCAGGAAAGGAGUGCUGUGAGCAUUUUGUGCGUUCAUUGGGAGUGUGGGGAAUCCCAUCUGUUGGCAGCAGGUGCAUCCUGACCACCUGCAGUAGGGAGGGAAGCCAGGAGCUCUUUGCUCAAAGGCGCUGUUUUGCCCCCCUGCCUUCCCCAAACGUUAUUUCUACAGUAACAUUUUCCUGUCGUUUUAGUUCUCUGAACAUGUCCCAGAAGGAUCCCUGCCAGAAACAAGCCUGUGAAAUACAGAAAUGCUUGCAAGCGAACAACUACGUGGAGUCUAAGUGUGAAGCUGUGCUUCGAGAGAUGAGGAGGUGCUGUGCCCGGUACCCCGAGGGCAGAUCCAUCUGUUGUUCAGGUUUUGAGAAAGAAGAGAGAGAAAAGCGUAGAGCUACUUCAGGAGGAAUUCCCCCACCACCUCAGUAACACAAAGCAGCUCCAGCAGGUGCCAGAGCACGGACUCACCUACGGAGCCCAGGUGUGUGUUUGUGAGCCUUCUCUAGACUUUCUGGAAAGCCAGAGGGCUCCUAGAACACACCACCCCGCGCACCAAAAAGCAGUACCAAGAGAUGGCCUGGUUGAUAGACUUCAUUUUCUGUACCAAAUCAUCAUCUACGUUGUCCUCGCGUUGCAUCCGUGUCCGUGAAAAAUCAAUCUGAUGCGUUUAGAAUGCUUACCUUACUCUAACCCAUCCCUGCUCUCAAAAUGGAGGGCUGGAACCAAGUUACUGUGGCUUCUGGAGGGGGAGGUACAGGAAGCGUGCUCUUAAGAAUGAGUGUAAGUGUGACACAUGAAAACAAAGCCCAUUUCGACACAGCAAAGGUGUUGCUGCCGUCGGGCAGCAGCUCCAGGCAACAUUCACCUGUCCAGGGGUUCAAGCUCAAGAAUGGGAAUCGGGUCUGGGGUUUGAUCCCAGGUCUUGCAUAGCUCACGGUGACCAGGCGUCACUCUGCCUAAGUGCCUCACUUUCCCCCUGGACAGAGUUUAGAUGACUUUCUGUCUGAAUUGCCUACACGCUGCUAUUUGCAUGACAAUAAAGAUGUUACAGGAACAUUAUUUCAGGGAUUGCUACAGGAAUAGGAUCUUUUUUUUU